GGACCUGUGGAUUGACGCGAGGAGGAGAGAAAAAAAAGCUACGCAUCCCGUAUAAAAGCCAACAUCUCUGUGAGAGGAGCCCUUAAAACAGGAUUCUUAGUUGGAGGCAUCGGGGGACGCUAAUAACUCGACCCACGCACACAGCGCAGCCAUGAGUGAGAAACAAAUGUCAACAGCCAUAACUGGAAGCAAACCAUCUGCGGGCCAAGAUGAAAAGAAGACUAACAUCCCAGAGGAUUUCGAUAUCGAUAUGGACAACCCACAGACGGAGAAGGCCGCUGUGGCGAUCCAGUCGCAGUUCAGGAAAUUCCAGAAGAAGAAGCAGGAUGUGAAGUCAUAAGGGUGGCGUGGCGAGCUGGUUGCUCACAUCUGCAUGUUUGGCAAAUUGCAUCAUCCAGAACUCUAAAAGAGGGGUACAGAGGUUGUAGACGGGCUCAUCGAUACGGUUUUCAAGUCAUUGUAUACCGUAAUUAUUGAAUUGAUUAACAUCAUAUUUCAGAUGUCGUAUUUUAAACAUUCCUAUAAUUCUGCAAUCCUGGCAAUAUUGUGUUUGUGGAUCAUUGCAUUAAAAAUACCCACGUUGCUGUUAAUGUAAGGCACAAGUUUAGAUGUUGUUUUAGAUUUUUGGGGGGAAUCCAGCGGCAUCAAUCCGCAAAUGUUUUUCAAACUUUUACUGGGCUUACUAUUUGGUUAGCAAUAAUUCACCACAAAAAAAUAUUUGUCGGAUGUUUAGUAGCACGUGACUCUGGCCGUGUGCUUUCACGCCAAUGGGGCAAUGUUCUUCAUUCUAAUCCAGGGAUGUCAAACUAAUUAUUGUCGCGGGCCACUUUGGAGUUACAUCUUUCCCCGGAUGGCCGUGAUGACAGUGAAACCAAAUAAAUGUUUCAUCGUCUUAUCGCAUUAUUACUUGUUCACGACAAACUGAUGGAUUAUGAGUUUUGAAAUUAGUCAACUCAAACAUUUGGAUCUAUUAUUGUUCAAGUGAGUGUAAAAAGGGUAACACAACCAUUUAUUACACGACAGUUUGACAUUUCGGUACAGAUUUGAGCAAGGAUCCUGCAAGUUGACGCACAUGAUUGGCUUUUGCGGGCCACGUAAAAUGAUGUCACGGGCCAGAUCUUGCCCCCGGGGCCUUGACUUUGACAACUGUGUUCUAAUCAAUGUCCCUCAUUUGUAAAAGUCAGAGAUCUGGUUGUACAUAGGUCUCUUUUCUGAUGUGUCUGUGAUUUGAUGUUUUGUGUGAUGUGUUUCCUGCAGUUUGCAAUUGAUUCAACAUUGAUUAGAAGUUGACUCAUAUGUAAAAUUAUCCAUCACAGAUGCAUGUUAAGUAUGUUCGUAUACACCCAAAAAACAGAUGGAGAAAUAAAUAAAUGUCGAAAAAGUGUAAGUUGA